AUGUCGUGGAUUCUGAAGUCUUUCCCAGCACUGCUGUUCCUGGUGUACUCACACGCCGCAGAGGACGAUGAUAUUCGAGCGGGCUGCAGCACUGCUGUCAAUGACCUGGUCUACAUCAUGGACGGCUCCUGGAGUGUGGGAAGUGACGACUUUGAAACAGCCAAGCGCUGGCUAGUCAAUGUCACCAGUGGCCUUGACGUGAGUUCGCACUACUCGCAGGUGGGUGUAGUGCAAUACAGCGACACCCCAAGGUUGGAGAUCCCUCUCGGUCUCCACAAGACCACUCAAGAUCUCAUUAAGGCCAUUGAGGACAUCAGCUAUUUAGGCGGCAACACGCAGACGGGCCGUGCCAUCAAGUUUACCGUGGACCACGUCUUUGCAUCUUCGCAACGAAGUGAAGUGAAGAACCGCAUUGCUGUGGUGGUGACUGAUGGAAAGUCGCAGGACGAUGUUAUGGAUGCUAGCGUGGAGUCACGAGCACAAGGGAUUAAAGUGUUUGCGGUGGGCGUCGGGACGGAGAUCACCACAUCAGAGCUGGUGACCAUCGCCAACAAGCCGGAGGGUGAAUACGUUCUGUAUGCGGAGGACUACACCAAUAUCGACCGUAUCCGUGAUGCUAUGGAACAGAAGCUGUGUGAGGAAUCUGUUUGCCCCACACGUAUUCCUGUGGCUUCUCGUGAUGAGAAAGGCUUUGAGCUGAUAUUGGGCAUGAAGAUCCAUCAGAAAGCGAAGAAGAUACAGGGCUCAUUAGCGUCAGAGGGAGCGUAUCUGCUAGACAAGAGCACCGACAUUACUGAAAACACAAGGGAGAUUUUUCCCGAAGGUCUUCCUCCCUCCUAUGUGUUUGUGUCGACUCUGAGGCUGAAAGGGCCUUCAAGUCGGGAAAAGCUGGACCUGUGGAGGGUCCUGUCUAAAGAUGGACAGAUUCAGGCGGCUGUCACACUCAACGGACAGGACAAAUCUGUCAUCUUCACUACCACAAACACGGUUAAUGAGGAACAGAUAGUUACUUUUGAUGCACAAGGCACUGAGGCUCUUUUUGAUGGAAGCUGGCACCAGCUGAAGGUUCUGGUUAGACCCAGACGUGUCUCCUGUUUUCUGGAUGACCAGCAGAUCCAGGAUGAGGCUCUGGAUGCUGUGGUACCCAUCUACAUCAACGGGAAGACUCAGAUCUCCAAACGCUCUGGCUCUGACGCUACACUUCCUACAGAAAUCCAGAAACUGAGGCUUUAUUGUGACCCACAGCAAAGUGAGCGAGAGACAGCAUGUGAAAUCUACUCUGUGGGCGAUGUGGGUCCACCGGGGCUGAGAGGCGAUCCAGGACUUCAGGGUUUAAAAGGUGAACGAGGAGAACAAGGGUUGCCAGGGAAACCGGGGCCGCCAGGACCCACGGGAGCAUCAAAACCAAACGUUGGUACAGUUGGAUUGCCAGGAAAAAAGGGAGAGCAAGGGGGGGAAGGAGAACAAGGACCUCCUGGAGAGCCUGGUCCAGUGGGGAAACCAGGACUCACUGGAAGCGAUGGAGCAGCCGGUCCUGCUGGAGCAAAGGGAGAGAAAGGAGACGCCGGGCUGCCAGGAGCAGAUGGACUGCAGGGAGUUCCAGGAAUCAGAGGACCUCCUGGAGAGGAAGGAGCGAGCGGACCGCAGGGUGCGAGAGGAGCACCGGGUCAGAAAGGAUCAGCGGGGCCAAGAGGAGCUCCGGGCGCGCCGGGGCCUUCGGGGCCCCCCGGAGCAGACGGACUCCACGGCCCCAAGGGUAACGCAGGAGAAAAGGGAGACGCAGGUAUUCCUGGAGCCGCAGGUCAAAAGGGCGAGCGGGGCGAGCUGGGAUUUCCAGGCCUUCAGGGAGCCAUGGGCCCUCCUGGAUUUAAAGGACACAAGGGAGAGAGAGGAGAACUCGGACCCAGAGGCAUUCAGGGUGAAAAAGGCAGCAAAGGCUUUGCUGGAUUGCCUGGCUUUCCAGGUGAAGUGGGACCCAGAGGCAGCAAAGGAGAGAAAGGCACGCUGGGUGAGAGCGGGGUCAAAGGUCGUGACGGACAGAAGGGAGACUUGGGACACACGGGUGUAGUCGGGCCACGUGGAUUCCCCGGUCAAGACGGUUUGCCAGGGCUUCCCGGCGCUCCGGGCUUUCCAGGGAAGCCUGGUAAGCCUCCCUCAGAGGAGUACUUAAUAAAACUCUGUGGGGACAUUUUGAGAAAUCAGCUGCCACAGCUACUGCAGACGAUGAGCCCUCAGCGCUGUGAACCCUGUGAGACCGUUAAAGGACCCCCGGGACCCCCUGGAGCUCCAGGGCCUAAAGGGUCCAGCGGGCCCCAGGGCUAUCCUGGCAGACACGGCGCUCAGGGCUACCCGGGGCCUCCGGGCAUCCAAGGACCUCCAGGAGUCAAAGGGGACACAGGCCCUCAGGGAUUCAAGGGCAAUAAAGGACAGAGCAGACCAGGAUACCCAGGGCCUCCUGGAGACACAGGGAUCCAGGGUCCUCGCGGCAGUGAUGGCAUUGGUAUUCCGGGUCCUCCGGGAAUCCCGGGUAAAUCCGGGGCUCCGGGCAUCCCGGGGAAGCAAGGUCCUCCAGGGCCGGCUGGCGUGUGCGACAUGUCCAUCUGCUACCAAUCCUAUGACCUCAGGGAUGAGCGCUACAGCAAAGGGCCCGGUUUCUAA